AUGAAAAGGCCUCUCUUUCUACGAAUUGUGGACUCUAUAUCAAAUUACGACGAUUACUUUACACUACGGCGUAAUAAUGUGGGCAAGCUUGGGUUAACGCCUAUCCAGAAGUGUACGGCUGCCAUACGCAUGCUCGCAUAUGGAGUCACAGCCGAUGCUUGUGAUGAGUACGUGAAGAUAGGAGAAUCCACUGCUAUCGAGUGUACUCGCAAGUUUUGCGAAGGGGUAAUAGAAUUGUUUCAAGAUGAAUACUUACGACGACCAAAUGUGGAAGACUUGCAGAGGUUACUCCAAGUUGGACAGGAACGUGGAUUCCCAGGGAUGAUUGGAAGUAUCGAUUGCAUGCACUGGCAGUGGAAAAAUUGUCCUAAGGCUUGGAAAGGGCAAUUUACUAGUGGACACAAGGGGACGGCAACAGUUAUCCUCGAAGCAGUUGCGUCAUAUGAUUUGUGGAUAUGGCAUGUUUUUUUUGGGCUUCCUGGUAGUUUGAAUGACAUAAAUGUACUAGAUAGGUCACCGGUUUUUGACGACAUUGAGUCGGGUGAAGCUCCACGGGUAAACUUCACCGUGAAUGGGCGGGAGUACAAUCUUGCAUACUAUCUUGCCGACGGAAUCUACCCUAAGUGGCCUGUCUUCGUGCAGUCAAUUCAAAUGCCCCAAGGCAACAAACAUCAAUUUUUUGCCAAAGAACAGGAAUCAUGCAGGAAGGACGUGGAACGCGCAUUCGGGGUUCUCCAAGCACGUUUGCUAUUGUCCGCCAACCAGCUAGAAUGUGGGAUCUUGAUGUCUUAG